UUCCCACUGUCUGCUACUGCAAAUCCUCAAGCUUUUGGGUUCUUUCUUCUUCCAUGGAAGAAGGUGAAAUGACGAUACCUCAUUUAUUUACAUGUCCAAUCAGCCUGGACUUGUUCACGGAUCCUGUCACUCUAUGUACUGGCCAAACCUACGACAGAUCGAGCAUACAAAAAUGGUUAGCCGCAGGUAAUCUCACAUGUCCUGUUACAAUGCAAAAGCUCCACGAUCCAUCUCUUGUUCCCAACCAUAAUCUUCGUCAUUUGAUUCAACAAUGGCGUGAAAUGGGUCACCGAUUACACCCUGAUUACUUCACAACAAUCGACCCUUUAGUCUCCCUCAAACACUCCCUUUCAUCUCCUUCAUCAACCUUCCUAGAGAAACUACAAGCACUUCAAAAGGUCAUGGACCUAACCGAUGAAACAGAUUCCCUUUUGAUCGAAAUGGGUUUCUUGCCUUUGCUUUUGAAACUGGUUUUCGAAAUGGUAGACCCUGGAUUCUCCCAAGACUACGUCAACUUCGUGGAGCAAGGGCUUGUUUGUGUUCUUAGGUUUCUUCCUUUGGGAGAAUUGGAGUGUUUGAAUAUGCUUAAAGAAGGGUCAAAUUUGGAAUCUUUCGUGGUUCUAUUCGAGCGUGGCAGUAUGAUGAUGAAGCAAAGCUUGUGCCAUAUCGUGGGGCUGAUUUCAUCAUCCUCGGCAACCAGGGAGCUUUGUAGAAUGAUUGGAAAAAACCAGAGAUUGUUGAACAUGGUCAUCUGUGUUGUGAAGCAAAACAGUGAGAUAUCUGAGGCUGGAAUCCAAGCCAUUUCAGCGUUGUGUUGCUUGGAAUCGAACAGGGAAAAACUGGUCCAACAGGGCCUGAUCGAUGGGCUGGUGACAUACAUUUGGAACUCGGAGAAGAAGGAGAGAAGCUUGGCGGCAAUGGCGAUGGCCAGAAUAGAGCAAGUGCUGGGGAGCGAGAGUGCGAAAGAGGCGCUGAUAAAGAAUCCGAACGGCGUGAAAGCAGUGGUGAAGAUGGUGUUCAGGGUGUCGGAGGAGGAAGGGAGUGAAAGCGCGGUAAACUCAUUGAUGAAGGUGUGUGAGGGAUCGUUGGAAGCAAGGGAAAAGGCAAUAGUGAGUGGAGGUUUGACGCAGUUGUUGUUGCUUCUUCAGAGCCAGUGUAGUGGUAGGACCAAAACAAAGGCCACUACAUUGCUCAAGCUGCUAUGAAUUAUGAUCCAUGUGGACCAAACCAUGUGUUCUUUUUGGACAAUUCAUCUGUGUUGGGGUAUUUUGUUUAUAUGUAUAUGUGCCUGUGGUGUAUUGGGUAGGUUCCUUCUUCCCCUUAAUGCACAAAAAUGUCAAUUUAUGCAAGCUUGCCAAUCAUAAACACU